AUGGGUCAAAUCCUUUCACAACCAGUAGUUGAAAAACACUCCGAUGAACAUAAAGACAAAUAUUUAGCUUAUGGUAUAUCAUGUAUGCAAGGAUGGAGAAUUAAUAUGGAAGAUUCUCAUGCUACAAUUUUGAACUUGUACGAUUUGCCAAUGAAGAAAUCAUUAUCAUCGAAUUCUCAACACGAUGAAGAUUCACAAGAUUCCAUUACGAAAUCACAACAACAACAACAACAACAACAACCCCAGCAAAAUAAUGAUUUUGCCUCAUCUACUAUUGAAAAACAGAAUCUGCAAGAUAUAAAAGAUGCUGACAAUGAUACUCAAAUGAGUGAUAGUGAUGAAAAACUCCAAGAAAAUAAAGAGGAAACUGAUGCAUCACCACCAGCACAUAUUGGUUUUUUCGGGGUGUAUGAUGGUCAUGGUGGUGAAAAAGCUGCUAUUUUCACUGGAGAAAAAUUGCAUUAUUUAAUUAAAGAAACCAAAGAAUUUAAACAAAAAGAUUAUAUCAAUGCUUUAAAACAAGGUUUUUUAAGUUGUGAUCAAGAAAUUUUAAAAGAUUUUUAUAUGAGAGAUGAUGAUAGUGGAUGUGCUGCUACAUCAGCAAUUAUAACUCCUGAUUUAAUUGUUUGUGGUAAUGCUGGGGAUUCUAGAACUAUUAUGUCAACUAAUGGAUUUGCUAAAGCUUUAUCAUUUGAUCAUAAACCAAGUAAUGAAGGUGAAAAAGCUCGUAUUUGUGCUGCUGGUGGAUAUGUUGAUAUGGGAAGAGUUAAUGGUAAUUUAGCUUUAUCACGUGGUAUUGGUGAUUUUGAUUUUAAGAAAAAUGUUGAUUUACCUGCAGAAGAACAAAUUGUUACUUGUUAUCCUGAUGUAAUACAACAUAAUAUUGAUUAUAAUUCUGAUGAAUUUGUUGUUUUAGCUUGUGAUGGUAUUUGGGAUUGUUUAACUUCACAAAAAUGUGUUGAAUGUGUUAGAAGAGGUAUUUAUGAGAAAAAACUGUUAUCAACAAUUUGUGAAGAAAUUAUGGAUUUAUGUUGUGCCCCAACUUCUGAUGGGUCUGGUAUUGGAUGUGAUAACAUGUCAAUUGCCAUUGUUGCAUUAUUAGAUUAUACUAAAAACGAAACUUUAGAUCAAUGGUAUGAGAAAAUCAUUUCCAGAAUUGAACAACAGAAAAAUGAUCCAAACAGUUUGAAUAAAUAUGGUCCAAUUUCUCAACCUUACAAUGAAUUAUACAAAGAAAUGUAUGGUGAAUAUUAUGAUAUUGGUCAACAAGGUCAAGGAGGAAAUGGUAGAUCAAAUAUUGGUGGUGCUGCAGGUGGUGCAAGUGGUAGUGGUGGCACUAACAUUAAUGGUAAUUCUAUAUUUGGAAGAAGUGGAUAUGAUGAAGAAGAAGAUGAAGAAAAAAAUGUUGAAGGCAGAAGAGGAGAUCAAGAUGAGUCUGCCUUAAAUGGGGGAGCAAUUUCUUUACAGAAAUUAUUGGCCUCCAAUGCUAUAACAAAUGAAAAUGGUGUAAUAUAUUUAGAUACUUCAUCAGCUCAAUCUCUUUUAGCUCAUUUUGGUGUUGCUGAUGCCGGUGCACAUGAAGAAGAUGACGAUGAAGAAGAAGACGAAGAAGGAGAAGAUGUUCAUCAAGGACUCGCGCAUGAAGAAGAAGAAGAAGAAGAAUCCAAGAUUGAAGAAAUAUCUGAAGAAUUAGAUGAUGAAGUUAAAAAGGAUUGA